UUAUUGGCAAAACUAUCAAUGCACAUGAAUGGCGGUGGUAUUUACGUAAAGCAUUGAAGUAAUUCAACUCGAUUUGCUAUCGGAGGUAUUUGGUGGACAGUUCAUUUCACAAUCGUGAUUUCUAUAACCCGUACAGUGAAAACGUGUUCUGAUUUAUAUUCUUAGGUUCUAAUGUAAAUAUUAAAUGCAGUUAAAACUUAAUGGACGGCUAUGUUGUCUAUUUGAAGUAUGAUGAAUAAAACAACGAAUUGAUGGACCUAUUGGACGUAUAUUCAAGUGGACAUAAGCUUCGGGAAAGUGGAUUUACGCAAAUGUAGGAUUAAUCUGUACAUAUACGGCCAUGUUUUGAAUGAACUUGCGCGUUCCCGUACAAACCGGACGUUACGACAAUGCCGCUAAGAACUCUGCUCGGGUACGAGCCUCGUAGUAUCAGCCGCCAGCAGGACUACGGGGGUCGUUUCUUUUCCAUGACGCCGGUACAAGGUGUCAUGGCAACUAACAAAAACCGCCUCAAAGCGCCCAUGGCACGGGUGAAGAAACUUCCGGUAAUCAACGAAGAGGACAGUGUCUUGUCGUCGCCCGCAUUCAAACCACAGCCGACAAUACAAAGAGUGCGUAGAAAUGUUUUCUCGGAUGACAUUAACGCCGGCGACGACGACGAUCGCGAUAAACAUUUUUCGCGCCUUUCGCCAUUGCGGUCAAGACCUGUAGUUCCCGUGCAACCGGUUCGCAGAGAAAGAGCUCCUUCGCCAGUGGAGAGUCAAAAACCUAAAAAGGAGGUGUUCAAAAUGCAGAUGUCGUCGCAUCUUACGCCGAAGGACUUGAACCACACGCUUGUGGACGGUCUGGUGGCGGACUAUUUGCACUAUUCGCGGUACGGGCAUGUGAUUCCCGUGUACGAGGGUUCGAGCGCCACCUCAUGUCCAUGCUGCACGGAUAGGAACCGGCAAAACGUGAGGACGCUGUUGGGAUUCCCAAACCACGUUUUGAAGCCGGUCCACACGACGCACGCGUUAGCGCCGACGAAAUACGAUCACAAGUCCGCUAUAAAGCCUACAAAGGACGACGAACUGAAAGCGGACACGACGCUGUUCCCGAAUUCGAUGUACGCGAACCUACAGCGGCAGAGGGCACAUCGCAAAGAACCCUCUCCAGAAGAAAUUCGUCUGAAGCAACUCGCCAAUCAGUCGCACAGACAAACGUGGAUGAACUAUCAGCCGUUACCGUACGCAACAAACUAUCUUAACCCCGAGUUUAACCGACCGACUGCAGUAAGCGCCAUGCGAGACCUGCAUGCGCGCAACCGGGACAAUUACAUGAAAUAUCAAGUGCUUGAGGCGGACACACAGUACGACCAGGCGAUGACAAAGUUGGGAGGGUACACACGAUGAACGCUAGGCAAUUUGCGAAAUGAAAGUUCGCAAUUACAAUCCGUUGUCAGGCAGAAGUCCUUCUUUGUAAAUGCAUAAUAAGUAUAUUUAAUUGUGUUGUAUUAUUUAUGUUUGUUUUAAACGGUUUUCAAAUAAUUCGCUUUUGCAUCACGCCCGUUA